CACCACUUGUGAAUGAAUAUGAAAGCAUGUGUACUCCUGUGUGCUUUGGUCACCGUCUGGUGGAGCGUGUCGGUCUUGCAUGCGGAGAGAUGCACCUCCAGGUCUAAAGACAGGGCCCUCAACCUUCAGUGUCAGAAGUUGUGUCUGGAGAAUUCAUGCCCUUCGUAUUGUAUCUGUCCCAACUAUAAAGCUGUCGAUACGUGCGCACCAUUGGAUGUCCCUGAAAACAGCACGCUGAAAGUUCUGGAAACAGCAAGCCCAGGCACGGUGUUGCUGAGCGUCAACGUAACGGGUCAAGAGGAGUGGGACCUGACCCUCGGGCGUGACCAGACAGUGGACGGGCUAGUCUGGAGCCACCUGAGCUCCUACCUCAAGCUCAGCCAGCUGGGCGGCACGUACGAGAUGAGCUUAGAACGGACGCUCGACCUGGAGUGGAUCUUUCGACGUUACGGAGUGAAGUUGAGAAGUCUGAAUUUAAAUUUGAUAUGUAGGACAUCUUCAGCCCAGGACCUGGACACAAGGGACCGCUGA